AUGGGCUCAACACAGUUUGGCAACUUUCAUGACUUCUGUCGCGAUUCGACAUUACCUGUCUGCAAUCUUUUCAAACCCAAUCAGCCGCCUGGCAUUAAUUACGGAGGAUGUGUUUUGACCGGCAUUCCCUUGAGCGGAGAUCGCCAUCUUGCGAAUCUGGGCUCAAUCAUCUUAGCCUUCCUGGCCAUCGUGGUGACGAUUGCGCUGCUGUGGAGGUCGGAUCGGAAACAUGCUGCUGUGGGACGACGAGAGAUGCAACUUUUCCUACUCGGAUACGUGGUGAUUGAAAUCUGUGAGAUCUUUACCGUCGGCGGGUUUCCACUGGCGGAAAAUGUGCGAAAGGGGUUUACGGCAGUUCAUCUCGCGGCCAUCACUGCCACCGUCUGGAUUCUUUUGAUGAACGCGCUCGUGGGCUUCCAACUCAUCGACGAUGGGACUCCAGCCUCCAUCGGACUGAUUUCAGCGUCUGCGAUCGCUCUCUUCAUCGGCACGGGAUACAUUGCCCUUGACACUGGGUUCUCGUGGACUGGCCACUUCGACAGCAGUCUUGGAGACGGCAAUAAUCGUAAUAUCGGCCUGUAUGUGCUGUACCAGCUGUUCCCGUUGGUCUGCCUGGUUCUUUUCUUCCUGCUCGAGACCGUUCUCGUACUGCGAGUCCUGGGUGAAGUCCGUCCGAUGCUCUACCUGGUCGGCGCGGCUUUGCUGUUUGCGAUUGGUCAAAUCUUCCAAUAUGUGAUCAGUACACACUUGUGUCAGGCCACGUCCGGAAAAAUCGACGGCGCUCUUUUCGAGACUUUGUUCACCCUCCUUUCCGUUGUCACCAUCUGGGGCUUCUGGAGUAGCAUCACCGAGGAUGACUGGCCUCUGCCCGUCGGCAGUGGCUACAAUUAA